AUGCUAGGUCUACGUUAUAUUCAAUUAUUCCUAGUUUUGGUAUGUUCCAUACUGGCUGCCGCUAAAUCUGCUGUCGGAUCUCGUACUUUGGUUGUCUUUGAUGACAGAGUAGAUGAUCUAUCCACAUAUUCUGAUUUUUUCAACUUAUUAAAAGAUCAUGAAUUCGACGUUACCACUCUAGAAUUAUCAGAUAAAUCCACAAAAAUUAACUUAUUUGAAAGAGACACUAGAUUAUACGACCAUCUAAUCUUAUUCCCAGUGAAAGGUAAGCAUUACUCUAAACAAUUGGCCGCUAAGAAAUUGAUACGUUUCAAUGAAAAUGGUGGUAAUAUUUUGGCUUUGACCGUCCCUCAAGUUUCCUCCGAUCCAAUACAUCUAUAUCUAAACCAAUUAGGUAUCUAUCCUUCUCCACGUACUCAAUCCUUACAUGAUUUAUUCCAAGAUUCUACAGAUUUAUUAUUCUCUGUUGAUCAAUUAGAAAAUGAAAACGUUUACUCCAAGACAAACGAAAAGAAAGAUGAACUAUUCAAUUUCGGUGAAUCCGUCUCUGCUGCUUUGUUGGAUAAUCGUGAACAAAUCGUUCCUAUCUUACAAGCUUCCAAAACUUCCUUCACUAGUGGUAACAAAUCUCGUGAAGCUAGUUGGACUGACGGGUCUCAAGGUUAUGUCAUUGCCGGUUUCCAAAACUUGAAGAAUACUAGAUCUACUUGGAUUGGUUCUGUUAAAUUCUUAAGUAACAAUCACUUCAAACAAAAUCAAGACUUGAUUAAUGAGUUGAUUAGUUGGACUUUACAAGAAAAAUCUGUCAUUAAAGCUACCGAGGUUAGCCACACCCACUCUGGUGAUGACAAAGUCUCUUACGAUGAAUUACCUUACAAGGUCACCGAUAACGUAACCUACACCAUUGCUCUAACUCAAUGGGAUGGUCAAAAAUGGGUUCCAUACGUUUCUGACGAUGUUCAAUUCGAAUUGAGACAAAUUGAUCCAUACUACCGUAUCACCAUGACUGCACAAGGCCCAGCUCCGCAAGAUCCAGCUUCUGAACUAUACUCCACAGGUUCCUUCAUGUUACCAAACCGUCACGGUAUGUUCACUUUCAUCACCGAUUACAAGAGAUCUGGUCUUUCUUAUAUCCAUGAAGCUGACAUUAAGGCAAUCCGUCAUUUGGCUAACGAUGAAUACCCAAGAUCUUUUGAGAUUCCAAACGCUUGGGUUUACUUGGCUUCUAUCGCUACUGUAAUCAUUAGUUUUAUUGCUUUUGUCCUUUUCUUCAUUUCUACUCCAGCUUCUCUAAGUGAAGGUGUAUCCACUGAAAAGAAGACCAACUGA